UGGUUCAUGAACAUAUUGCCGGGGAAUUGUUUAGUUUACGGGGAGGAAGGAAAUAUUUUGCCGUCUUGCUGAGUUCCCAUGGCGUCCAGAAGCUGCAGGCCACGGAUCAAGUGUUUCUACUGGGUGGAGGAGCUGCGAGGGGGGAGCCGGGAAUCGAGAUAGUAGUGGAGAAUGGCAGGCUAUGGAACACCAGUAGGGGAGAGACGUCGCUUCUGUGGAUUGGAUCUUCCUCCUGAUGCUGUCACAGUCAUGACGCAUAUCAACACACACUGGCGACAGUUCAACCUAGAGGCAUUCUCUUUAAGUCCCUGUGCCUUUGAACCUCAGUUAGACAUACGAGUGGGAAACACACCAAUCAAUCCUGAGGAUCUGGAAGUCUCAACACACAUGGAACAAGGUUUCCAGUAUACUUACUCCCCACAAACUGAGCCUUCCAACUUGACAAUUAAUGGUGCAAGAUGUUCACCACUAAAUCUGACUGGACGUCCAAAAUCUACUUCACCACUUUCCUCACCUUUACCUGCACCACCACCACCACCACCACCUCCCACCAGUCACCAUACACCAGUAGGAGUGCAUUCAGGUCUGCUAACAAACAACUGUCACCAUCCAUAUUCCUUAGGGAUGUUGGGCACUCCUCAGGGACCUCCACAGAUGCAGCCAACACCCAUCCCUCAGAACAUCAAUAUGAUUUCACACAUUGAGCCCCAUGAAGAAGACUAUGAAUUGAUGAAGAGAAAGCGAAGACCUGAAAGAAAUUUAGAAACAAGAUGUCAUAUCUGCUGCAGGACAUUUUAUACAAAGGCUUCCUAUGAUGAACACAUGGACAGCCACAUGAAAGAUAAUGAAUAUAUCAUGAAUGCCCAGAUGGAUUCUGUUCAUGUGAUGCCAAACGUCAUGUCCUGUGCAAUGCCAGACAAACCCUACAAAUGUGCCAUGUGUGACAGGGAAUUUGUUUAUAAAGAGGAACUCCUUGAACAUAAUGAAAGUCAUGAAGCAGCAAAACCAUACAAGUGUGACCUCUGUGGGGCAGGACUGUCACACAUUAGUGCCUUGCGCAGACACAGACUUGCACACACUGGAUACAAGCCCCACAGGUGUGAGAUUUGUGGUCGUAGUUUCUUCCAGAAAUGUGAUCUUCAGCGGCAUUAUUCAACACAUGGUAAAUCCAAGCAGUUUGAGUGUGGUGUGUGUAAAAAGAAGUAUUCAUCACUUCAUUUUCUUGAGAACCAUAAGUGUAAAGCUCCUGAGGAACCCAAACCCUUUAAAUGUAACAUCUGUGGUGAGGGUUGUGCUAACAAUAUGGCCUGGAGCUAUCACAUGUGGAAACAUACAAAGAACCCUGUGUUUGUUCCUUUUCAAGAAAAAUUUAGUACACAUACUUAACAUUGCUAAUAUAUGUGCAUAGUAUUAAUGGGAACAAAUAUUUAAAUUCUCUUACUUGCAGACAGGAUCAGGUGGAUGCCAAAUGAACAGGAUGAUGUAGAUUAGAAAAAAUGUAUUGUGUGUUGUCUAGAUGCUUAAAUGAAGGUACCUAGUUCAUAAUUCAAUCUUUCAGUCUAUGUAGAAAUUAUACAUUCUAUAAUUUAAGAAAAUUUUUAAUAACUUACCUGUAGCAGCAUUAUUGAUGCAAUGCAGUGUAGAAUAGAGACAUCACAGAUUCCAUCAACAUUUUCAUAGACUUUUAUGAUUUAAGGUGUGUUUCUUUUCUGGUUUUUAAAGUUAUAUUACGUGAUAUAUUUUUAACUCUUCUGACAUUUUAUUAUUAGAUAGGCAGCCUUCUGUUAUGUUUUUCACUACAUAUUUGUAUUUUCUCCAUCAAGCCUUGUUUAUUUGGCCUCUGUAUGAGGAGUGCUGUGAAUAUAUCAAGAGCUGCUACUUAAAACACAGAAAAUACCUGGAAUUAGAGGCUGCACCACAUGGGGGUGAGCAGGUGUGCCAAGGUAGAGUACAUUCUGUGUAUGCCUGGUGAUACGCUCAACAUACACACUUUACUGCAUAUUCUGUGUAUUAUGUGACCUGCAGUCUUUUCAAGAAGGGAUGGCUGCUGCUUGGUUUCUGGAUUUUGGCUUUAUAGAAGUAGAAUUAAUAUUUCAAUUGUACUUUAAUCUGUGUGAGUGAAGCUUGAAGUAAUGGAAGUUGGAGUUACUCGUGGCCAAACUAUCUAUGUAGAGCUUGGUCUGCAUAUUGGUGAUCUGGAAUUAAAUAUUUAUAUUAACUCAAAUAUUUCCUGUGGACAGAAGAACAAGCUGGUUAGCUUCACCUGAUAUGCAGUGUUCACAAUGGUGCUUUAAGUUUUGUGGCAGUUUUGCUAAUUGAACUGGUGCUGCAGCUGGCUGUGGCUGUUUUUUGUCUUAUUUUUAUUAUCAUAAUGUUUAAUGGGAUUUCCUUAUUAUUCUUUGGCAGCAUUCCAUAGUGAAUUGGCUUCUAUAGUAUUGCAGAAAGUCUUAGUAUUCAGUAUGGCAUACAUAACUUGUGCAAUGCUAAAUUAAAGGGGCAGUAACAUGUUUACUAUCAUUAUCAUCACCAUCUCAUUUAAUGUCCGUAUGGGAGCUAGACUGCUUAUGAGUCUCGCCCAUUUUUUGUGGUCUUAGACUCUUUCCUCUGAUACUUGUCCUUCUUUUAUCUUCCUUUACAUUGUCUGUCUUCAGGUCUUCACUUUUCCUGCUGAUCUCUUUCCACUAAACUUAAACUCCAGUAGUCCCCAGAGUAAGGCUCUCCUCUCUACUUCUGAAUUCCUGUUCCAUUUCAUUCUGUAACACAUUCAUGUAAGCUAUUAAGGUAAAGUAAUCUUUGGGAUAUAUUUUAUUGAAUAAUACUUGAAGAACAUACGAGUAAUGAGAUAAUUUAUUGAAUUGAGUCAGUUUGUUUGUACAUGUAUAUACACUAAUCAAAACAAUGUAUUAAGAUUAGAUUGUCACUUUUAUGAUAGAUGAACACUCACCAUGAGCCCUGGGAGUCAUGGAGUAUUUUGAUCUUUCAUUACCUUUCCCAUGCUAUUGAGGAGAAACCUAUAAUGUGUGUUACAAAAGAUUACAAUAAUUUUAGUAAUUGGGAAUAUGAUUAUUUGUUUGCCAGAUAAGAGUUCAUCUGUGAAUCAUCAUUGUCUUCUUUCAGUGUUCUUACUUCACUUUCUUUUAAUUUUGUGACUCCUGAGUUUGCCUUUUUUUUAUUAUUUAUUUAUUUUAUUUUAUUUAUUUUUUCUUUUAUUAUUAUUUUUUUUUUAUUUAUUUAUUUUUUUAUUUAUUUAUUUAUUUUUUUUUUUUUUUUAUGUACACUAUCUUCCAGGUGAAUCACUCUUUAUCCUUACAUUGAAAAAUACUUUCCUCUGCUGAAUCCAAGAAAGGAUCGGGUUCUUAAUUAAGAUAUUGGUGAAUGGAGAGAUGUGACAUUGUUUAAUUUGAAAUUUUAUGGCAGCAUAAUAAUAUCUGCUUUGUACCUCAUACUUGGUAUUACAAUUCAAGUUAAGAUUCAAGCAACAGAAGAGCCUCUUUUCUGUUUUUCUUUACUGUGAAGAAAAAUUCCCUUGAGAGGGAUUCAAAGCUCUUUGUCCUUCUCCAUGGUGGCUACCACCUUUUGACAUGCAGGCAAUGUGGAGACAUAUUGAAUCCCCAUGUCUCAGGGAUACUAGGAAUAUAGACAUACAAAUAUAUGUAAUUUAUUUCAGUAUUACUGAGAGUGAAAAAUAUUUUAGCUUUCUUAAUUUCAUUAAAUGUAGGCUGUAAGGAACUAAUUACUAAUGGUGACAGGACAUAGAACACAGCAUCCUCAAAGUUAAUGUAUCUGUGUGUGUGUGUGUGUGUGUGUGUGUGUGUGUGUGUGUGUGUGUGUGAAAGAGAGUGUGAGUGAGUGUGUUGUAUUACUAUAACAAUAACGUUUGAUUGUGUUGAAAAAAAUAAGACAUGUCCUUUAUUACUACUAUUAUUAAAUUAUUGUUGUUGGUAUAUGCUGUGAAUUAAGUUGUUUGUAUUUGCUAUUGUGUUAUUUAAAGCUUCAUCAAAGAUUACCAUGGGUGUGUUAGUGUUGGAUUUAUUUAAGUGCAUGAUGUGGAGGGUCUUUGAAUGAAUAGUUUGUAAUGAAUGUAUAUGUUAAAAUGACUAGUCAUGAAGUAUACCAAAGACAAUUGAUUUAAACAUGACCUAUGUAGUUAUUUAAGUUACAUCUCUCAAGUUUAUAAAAAAGCCAAUAAAAACCACUGAAGAAACUUUA